GUUUUUUAAAAUAAUAUUUAGUCAUGAACUCAGCUAAAAGCACUAAAGAAAAUAACCUGACUUGGAAAACCACUGUCAGAGUCAAAAAGAAUCGGGUAACCUCAGCUGACCUGCAGGAUCCCCCCGUUCAGACGCAGUUGGUUUCUCGGCUCAAACAUUUUGCCAGAGAAGCUCAGUUUACCGGAGACUAUCAUCAAGCUGCUCAGUACUACAUCGAGCUGGCUGUGAUGGAACCAUCUGAACCGACCCAUUGGUUUCACAUAGGAAGCCACUUCAUGCUGACAAAAGACUACUUGAAGGCCAAUGAGUCUUUUCUUAUGGCACUGUCCAUCCAUCCAGCACACCAAACCAGCCUGAUUAUGUGUGGGAUCCUGGAAGCAAUGUUUGAGCAUCACAAGGAAGCCGAAACCCUUUUGAAGCAAGCAACCACCACGGAGUCACCUGGGGUCAUUCCAUGGACAGUGCUAGGUUUACUCUAUGAAAAUCAGAACAACUUCAUUCAAGCUGAACGUGCUUUUCUGGAGGCCAACAGCCAGAUGAGACAGAAUACAGAAGACACAAAGAGGCAGAAGGAUGAGGAGUGUGGCGUGUCUGUAGGUCAGUGUCUGAGCAUUACAAGGUGGAGGAAAAGCACGCAGAGGGGAGCAGAACACAUUAUUUGA